UACAAAUACGCCUAUACGCGUAGACGGACGGAUGGAUGAGUCUGUCGUCUGUUCGUCGCCCUAUAGUACACAGGAAGAGAAGAGCCCCAUCCAAUCCAAUCAAUGCACACACGCAUCCGAUCCGUCCGCGCAUCAAUCAAUCAAUCAAUCAAUCUCACACAUGACAUGGAUGGGGUGGCCAUGCAUGACUGCACGCAGCAUCCAUCCAUCCAUCCUCCAUCCAUCAGUCGGCCGGCCAUUCAACAAGUGAUCAGAGUGCCACUCCGUCGAGUGUAGUGUGCGCUGAGUGUGCUGCCUGGCUGUCAGGCCAUGGGCAGGGGAGAGAGGGAGGGAGGGAGGGAGGGAGGGCAUGACGCACAGUCCUCUGUACAGCUCAGGCAAGAAGAAAUAGAGGCAGGCAGGCAGGCAGGCGCCAGCAGUAGGGAUGGGCGGACAGGGGACAGGGGCAUGGCCCACAGAAGUGAAGUGGUCAAAACGAAGAGGCGAGUGCUUAAAACGGUAGUGGGGGCAGGGCACGUGGAUUGAAAAGCAAUGAAUGCACUCGAUAAUAUAUGUGAGCCAGCCAGAAAGGAAGUGGAGUAGGCACCAGCCCCUCUGCGCCUGCCUUGUCGAUUGAAUUAGGGCACUUCGAUAAGUAAGAGGAUGAAAACGAUGGAUGGAUGGCAGCGAAGAAAAAAAGAAAGAAAGAAAGACAGACCGGCCGGCCAUCCAUGUGCAAUGAAUGACCCACCCAAUUGUCCGGACCGACAAGACUCCUCCCUCCCACUCUGGUACUUAAUUGCUCGCCAUGCGAACCGACACAUACCCAGGCAGGGUAGGUCCAUACGUAUACGUAGAUAGAGACACGCAAUCCAUCCACACCACGUCGCAGAGUUAGCGAGUACCUUCCUCCCUCCCUCCCUCCCUCUCUCCCUCCCCGGCUCUCUCCUCCGCCAAGCAUCCCCCUCGCCCCACACUGCACACACAUGCAGUGCAGCAAAACAUCAGAACACGACUGACUUGCACGAUGGAUAGGUACGACUGGUCCACGAGCCCCCCUCCCCCUCUCGCCGUCACAACAGGUCGGUCUCAUGGCUCUCUCCCUCCUCGCUUGGCCGUCAAUCGAUCGAAUCGAUCACCUCCUGCCACUGGCUGCUCGUGGGGACGGGGAGGAGUUGUUUGGCGGCACCCGUAUCUGCUGGUGUGGCGGGAGGUCGGUAUACGCAAACGGCUCCUGCAUGGGCUUGAGGCACCAGUCGGCUGUGUCGAACCGCUCCAUGGGGCUGCUCUCGUAGUCGUAGUCCGUCCGCCCGUUGCCGAACAAGGGUGACGCGUGGUGGGGGUGGGGGUGGGGGUGGGGCUGGAAGCUCGAUGUCGAUGUGGAUGAGGCGCCCGCGACGCUCGACUGGACAGAGGGGUCGGACCUGAGUGUCUUGUCGCCGCCUGAUGAUGCUGAGCCGCUGCCGGGCUGCAGCCAACAGCCAAGCUGACUGUUCCACCUGACACACACGGACGAGACGAGGGGGGAGGCCUGCUUUUGUUGCGUCCGUCGAUUGCGUACCCCCCGUACCUCCAGUUUCGUUUCUCGAGGGCAUACGCCGCCAUGCUCUGCUGCAGCUUACCCUGACAGACAGACAAGACACAACCAUACACACACCACACAGUGCAAUGCACCUGCCCCUGCUCCCUCCCUCCCUCCCUCCCUCUCUCCUGGCUCAUCUAUCUCAUUCCCUCCAUUACCUUACCCGGUGGUAUGCGAAUAUGAAGAGUAGGGUGUCGUCCGACAGCACACGCUCAAAGUAGUCGUACGAGUCGGACAGCUGGGAGGGCUCCACGGGGAACCGCAGCUGCACCAACGACGGCUGCAACGGACCGGGGAUCGGCUGCUCCGGGUGAUACACAUGCUGUCGGCACACAUCACAUAUCACAUCCAACGCACACAUUUAUGUGAGUGAAGUUGACUGACACUGAGGUCCAUGUGUGUGUCCCCCGUCCCGCCUUGUUUGUUUACCUCUGACAGUUGGUGGUGCCUCUCGUCUCCCUUGGGCGCGUCCUUCAUGGAGGCCUCCAACACAGCCAAUGUCUGCUGCAGCCGCUCGUGAAGGGACAAUCCUGACCAGGCACACACACACAUCAGAUAAGACCUCUUCGUUCCAUCUCACUCACCUUUGCUUCUCCGUAUUCUGACGUGGGCGAGGCUUGGUAUGGGCCCCUUGCCCGUCGACGCACCACCACCACCGCCGCCACCCUUUCCCCCAUCGCCAUCCGUCGGUUUGCUGUCCUCCCGGCCGACAUCGCGCGACAGCCGUUGCGGCCGGGGGGGCGGGUAGGGCGGGGGCGGGUUGCGCACACUGGGGGGCAGCUUCUGCUGCUGAGCUGACCUGCCAACGUGGUCCACCUCACUGGGCUGCGUGCGCGCCGCUGGUGCUGGCGCAUCUGCCGAUUGUGUUGCAUCGUUUGCCACUCGUGGUGAGGAUGCCUGCACCACAUGUGCCGCAGCUGGUGGGUCGGUCUUGGACUUGGGGGAUGAAGAGGACGGCAGGCUGCUGGCAGAGGGGUUGAGCAGGGGGGACGAUCCCGCCGCAGGUGUGGACGUGUCGGUGUCCGACACACCCAUGGCGGGGCCAUUGGCAGUCGACAGGGCCCGUGGGCUGGCAGUGGUGGCUGAGGGGGCCUUGGCGGCCAUCGUGGGCUUGUACACCGCCUGCCGCUUCGCGCGAUCCACCUGCACACACCCACGCCAGGCCAGGCAACUCACUCAGUCACUCAUUGUUUCCCUCUCUGUCUUGCCGCCCCACCCAAUCCCACACACGCACUUGUCCAAUAGCUGCGGUAGUGGGUGGUGAUGCAGCCGCCGUGGUGCCUGAGUCGCCUUCUGGUGGCUCCUUGCCGCUUGCCGCCGCCGGCUCGGCACCUCGCUUGCCCACACCGUUGGCAGUGGUGGCCGUUGUCCCGCCUCUGAUUGACGGGGGCGAUGCGCCCCUAUCGCUUGACGGCCGCGUGCCGUUGAUAGUGAGCCGGGAGACGUGGUUGGGCUGCUGCAGUCUUGACGGGGGUGUGGCGGCGACGGGUUGUGGGCCGGGGGAAGUCGCGGACGAGGCAGGAGACGUGCCAUUCAGACCCUCCUGCAUUGCAUCAGACAGACAGACAGACAAGGGAGGGAGGUGGAAUAUAUGGAGAAAGAAAUGAAUGAAGGACGGGUGUGUCUCUUUCUUUGAGGGGGGCUAUGCUGUCUGUCUGUCUGUCUUUGGUGCUGGAAUGGACUGUGGUGCCGCGCCGGCCUACCGGUUUUGGAGAGAUCUGAGAUGGUGCGAUCUGACGACAGACAGACAGACAGACCGGUAAAGACGCGACAGCAAGAAACAAAGGGUGUGUGAAUGACGGUCUUUGUCCGUCCAGAGCUCACUCACCUUAGCGUCAUCCGCAGGCGGCGGCCUCUUGGUGCCUCCACCACAACCACCACCACCACUGGCCACUGGUGUUGCGACCGAGUGGUUGGCGUCCGAGUCGACGGCGCCCCAGCUGGACCCGCUGCCGGCCUUGGACAGAGUGGGCGCCGCCCUCUCUGCCGGUCGCUCGCGACCUGUAGCACCCUUGUCGCGAUCCCUCUCCUUGUCCUUGUCUUUGUCGUGCUUGUCCUUGGCUGCUGCUGCUGCUGGUAGUGGCGAUGCGGCCUUGGAGGACGACAUGGGAGUCUCGGGGUGCUCCUCUGAAUGCUGCUCGAUACCAUGCCCAGACAGGUAGGUACAUGCAUGUAUGUGCUAUGCUGUGCUGUCUUGGUGUCCCUCCCUCCCUUCGUCCGUUGCGUUGCGUACACUUGAGGAGAUGAGAGAGGGCCGCUUCGCGUCGCGCUUCAGGACUGACACGCCGGGGUUGGCGCCGGGGGGCACUUCAUUCAUUCAACAACCGAAGGCGACACACACGACACACACGACAGCAGGCAGUGGGUCGUCUUGAGUUGACUGUUUCUGGUUACUGGUGUGUCACUUCACUUACCUGGUCUGCCCAGUUUGGCGAGCUUUGAGUUCUUUGGCGUGGGGUCGUCCUUGGCUGACAGACAGACAGACAGACAGACAGACAUAGGGAGGAGGUUAAUGGGAUGCAUGUGUGUGUGUGUGUGUGUGUGUGUGUGCCAUACCAGGUUCUGAUGGUUCGGGUGCGGGGCUGCCCGAGAGGCCUGAGGCAUUCUCGGACUCAUCGGCGUCUGCAAACAUGAACACGUCACGUCAGGCUCUACCAUUUCAUGUGGCCGGGCCAGGCCAUGGCUGUGUGUGCGAGCAUAGCAUACCGUCCUGCAUGUCUUCCGCCCCCUCAUUGAACGCGGUCAGCUGGUUCUCGUCGUACAGAUCCUAUUAGACCCACACACGGACACAGACAGACAGGUGGCUCGGCUCCUGUGUGUUGCCUCCUGCUUGUCUGUCUGGCUGGCUCGAGUAGCGUAGGCACCUACCUCGAGUGCUUGUUGGUAUGCGAUGACUUUGUCGUCGUCGAUGGUGUCGUCGUCGACCUCGUCCAGCCACAUGACCAAACUGUCCACGAUGUUCUCAACCGCCUCCAACUACAUACAUGUACACCACACCCACACGUGCAUCGAUCGCAUCAACCAACAUGUCAGUCGGGUCGGUGGCUGCCUGUCCCGGACGGCUGGCUGGUUGUCCUUCCUUGUCCCACCCAAUCACUCUCUCACUGACUCAACCAACCAGCUUACAUCGAAGCUGUCAUUGUGUAUCCGCCGGACCAUCUGGUCCAGCUGCACACAUAACAUACACACGUACAAGACACAACAAACACUCUGUGCUGUGCUGCGUGUUCAAGUGUGGCCGUAGGGAGGAAGGUGGAUUCGUUGUCUGUGCGCACGUUGUGUAUGUGGCCCUCGUAUCGGUCGAUGGUGCCCUGGAGAGCACCUAGCACAUUCGCAUCUGAACGAACAUACCAACCACCAUUUACACAAAGCACCCAGGGAGGGAGAGAGGGAGGGAGGGAUAAAUGACAGGGUAGUGGGUUUGUGUACCUACCUACCUGGUCCCUUCUUCUUGCCUCCCUUGCUGCUCUCCUUCUCGAGGUCGGCCUCCACCUGCUCCUUCAGAAGACUCAGCCGAUGGCUCAGCUCCUCUAUCUUGCUGAUAGAUACACACAUACACACACACAUGGAUGGAUGGACACAUCAUAUUUGUCCCAUGUGUGUGACACCCUCCCCUCACGCGAUCUUGUCUUGCUUCUCGAUGUCCUUCUGAUCCAUCUGUGGGACACACACACACACACACACACCGCACAGCCGUGCACAUGCCGCCCAUCCGAUAGAUCUGGCCACGGGCAGCUACCUUAGGUGUUUGCUCGAGUCCUUCUUUGGAGUAGGUCUUCAUCUUGAAGUGCUUCUCCAGCUCACGGAAACGCUCCAUCUCCUGCACACACACACACACACACACACACAAAGACACCCAGACCAACCUUGCAGACACCGCCGCGAACCCGGCGGCUCGCAGGGCCGCUCAUUUCAUUCAUCCCCUGCCCGACCUUUUCUAUUUUCUUCCUUGCUUCGAGUAGGUCGUCCUUCUUGCUGCGCGUCGAGUCCUGCUCCAGCCACUUCUUGAUGUCGUCACGAUGCCUGACACACGCAAAUAGACAGACAGACAGACAACCGAUGGAUACUCUGAGGCCGUCCCUCCCUCGUGUGUCCGUGUGUGUGUAUGUGGUGCAUAGUCCCCUCCCUCCCUCCCUCCCUCCCUCGCUCUCCUUUGCCCACCCACCCAAAUCGCUCUUUGUUUACCGCUGCAGCUUCUUGAGUUCCUGUUUGAGUUUGUUUUGGAGCGUUUCCUUGUGGUCCUGGUUGCGCGCCGCCUCCACCUUGCCCCAGGUGUCACUGAACUCCGCCAGGCCCUCGUCCACCUUCUUGAGACACACCUCUAUCUCCGCAGCCUGCUUCUUCUUGGCCGCCAUCACAAACACACCGAAUCACUCCAAACACGGGCCACGUGCCGCCUCAGUG